AUGUCUCCUCACGACCAAGAAGCCAUUGCGCCGAGCUCGCCUGGCGCAGACAAAGAUGGUACAGUACCAGUUGAUGGCGCGCUGACGCCUCUCCCCGGCGCCGUGCCUGCGGGCAGUCCUCCAGACGAGGCUCCCACCGCGGCAGAGGGAGGGACGGCUGAGGACAACGGCUCGUGCGAGGCCCUUGAUGAGGACACUUUAUCUGGAGAUAAGGGCCUUCUAGGGGCGUCUGGUGAUUCUGACGGGCAUGCGAGGCAGGGCAAGGCUCCUGAGGAUGCAGCCGACACAAUGUCUUCUUCGAUCGCCACCCUGAAGCCGACGACUUCCCCUACAACUGCAAGCACGACGACGCAGUAUCUCACUGCCGAACCGAAACCUUAUGUUGACCCUACCCCGCCAACUCCCACCUUGUCUCGACCGCCUUCUCGAGCACCGUCAUCAGCUGCCCAGUCGAGGUCUGCCGAGCCGUCCCCGACGAGAUCCGAUGCUGCGUACGACGAGAAGCGGUAUACCAGCGAGGAUGAGCAAGAACUCGGAUCUAGGUCCGAGAUACAGAGUAUCAUGGAGCAGUUUAGCGAGGAAGGAGGCGGCCCCGGUGUCGACGAGGUCAUGAGCCCCCGGCUAGAGAUGGCAUCGCCACUUCUAGGCACUUCGGUCCAACACCCACCUCGAAAAUCCAGCCUAGAGCCGCUCGCUCCCAGCAUAUCACAGCAACUUCAAGAGAUGCAAGGUCUCAGGCUAUCAACGUCGUCGCCAGCAAGUACAAGAUCGAGGAAGGAGGCAGACGAUGAGAGGCCGCCGGUGCCUCCGAAGGAUGAUUCCGGAUAUUCGGAACGCUUUCGGGAGGGCAGCCUCGAUUCUCCCAUGUCCCCCAUCAACUCGCUUCAUCGCCCGCCCCCGCCAGAGCCCGAGCCCGAGCCGGCGCAGCCUUUCGACUUCCACAGGUUCUUGGAGCAGCUGCGCAACAAGAAGGCCGAUCCGGUCGCGAGGUAUCUCAAAUCGUUCCUCUCCGAGUUUGGGAAGCGGCAGUGGAUGGUGCACGAGCAGGUCAAAAUCAUUGGCGAUUUUCUCGCGUUCAUCGCCAACAAAAUGGCCCAGUGUGACGUCUGGAGGGACGUGUCGGACGCGGAGUUUGACAACGCCAGGGAGGGCAUGGAGAAACUGGUCAUGAACCGCCUGUACUCUCAGACUUUCUCUCCUGCCAUCCCGCCGCCACAGCCAAUACCCGGGGCGAAGAAGAAGAGAGGCGGCGACCGAGCUCUAGGCCCAGGGAGACGGGGCCAGCAUCAGGAGGAUGUGGAGCGUGACGAGAUACUUGCACAGAAGAUCAACAUCUACAGCUGGGUAGGAGAAGAACAUCUCGACAUUCCGCCAGUCAACGAGAGUGGAAAGCGGUUUUUGAAGCUGGCGCAACAGGAGCUGCUCAAAAUCAAGUCAUACCGCGCCCCCCGAGACAAGAUCAUCUGCGUCUUGAACUGCUGCAAAGUCAUCUUUGGCCUACUCAAACACACCAAAUCGGACGCGUCUGCCGACUCGUUCAUGCCCAUGCUCAUCUACGUCGUACUGCAGGCGAAUCCGGAACACCUAGUUUCUAAUGUCCAGUACAUUCUGAGAUUUCGGAACCAGGAGAAGCUGGGCGGCGAAGCCGGCUAUUAUCUCUCUUCACUGAUGGGCGCCAUCCAGUUCAUUGAGAACAUGGACCGGACAACCCUGACCAUCACUGACGAGGAGUUUGAGCACAACGUUGAGGCCGCCGUCUCUGCCAUCGCAGAGAAGCACCGCUCCGAAACUCCCCCGCCACCGCCUCCUCAGGCAGAAAAAUUAGCCUUUCUCAGACCUCUCAGCGCGGGCGGAUCGGGCCCUUCCUCAACCCGUCCCUCGCUCGACGCCGACCGCCCGGCAAGUCCGCGGCGGUCCACCUCGUCCAACGAGCCACGCGACAGCGGCGAGUACAGCGGCAGCGAUGAAAAGGCGGCCAUCACGGGGCUGCUGAGGUCCAUCCAGAAGCCGCUGAGCACGAUAGGCCGCAUCUUCUCGGACGAACCGUCGUCGUCGUCAUCGUCGGCUGUUGCGGGCCCCAGCGGGAGCAUCGCCAGCCCGGCGCGCACGCCGCAGCCGCCAGAGCGUGGGGAUAGGGAUCUCAGGGCCCGGCAGCUCCUUUCGGCCGAGGAGGCGGCGGCGCGGCAGGCGAGUGCUGAAGCGGCCGAGGCGCAGCGGCUGCAUCGCGCCGAGCAUGCGAAUGUCGUCGAGACGUUGGCGGGUAUGUUUCCCGAUCUGGAUCGGGAGAUUAUCAGUGAUGUUGUGUAUCAAAAGGAGGGGAGGUGCGUGAUUGUGUUCUGUUCCCCUUAUUAG